AUGCAUGAGUACAAGGCCAACCUUUCGUUCUUUAUCAUCCUUCUCAUCUAUUCAUCUUCUUUUAGUUUAUAUUCAAAUAAGGGCAAGAUUAAUGCUCUAUGCCAACUCUUUGGACUUCCCAAUGAGACAGCACAUGACUUCAAGGAGAACUCAAAGAGGAAACAAGCUGCCUUUGCUGAUUGGACACACUUUGCCAAUGAACCAUUCUUGCCUUCAAGAUCAAAGGUGUCUAGAAUCACCCAUCCAGCCAUUCGCUAUGUGCACCGCCUCAUCUCCACCACUUUCCAAUGCAAACAAGAAGCCAACAAGGUCACAACUGAUGAGUUCUACAUCCUCACCACACCAUUCAUCAAGCAUGAGUACAAGGCCAACCUUUCGUUCUUUAUCAUCCUUCUCAUUUAUUCAUCUUCUUUUAGUUUAUAUUCAAAUAAGGGCAAGAUUAAUGCUCUAUGCCAACUCUUUGGACUUCCCAAUGAGACAGCACAUGACUUCAAGGAGAACUCAAAGAGGAAACAAGCUGCCUUUGCUGAUUGGACACACUUUGCCAAUGAACCAUUCUUGCCUUCAAGAUCAAAGGUGUCUAGAAUCACUCAUCCAGCCAUUCGCUAUGUGCACCGCCUCAUCUCCACCACUUUCCAAUGCAAACAAGAAGCCAACAAGGUCACAACUGAUGAGUUCUACAUCCUCACCACACCAUUCAUCAAGCAUGAGUACAAGGCCAACCUUUCGUUCUUUAUCAUCCUUCUCAUCUAUUCAUCUUCUUUUAGUUUAUAUUCAAAUAAGGGAAAGAUUUGA